AUGUCUAGAUCCAGUGCCUUCUCCCCGUUGCUUCACCCAAAGGCCAAUAUCGCGUCCAAACCGUCGGGCCGCACCUACUUCCACACCAUGCUUAACGAAGAAACCUGGAUCCUGAUCCUUAUGAACCUGCGAUUACUAAGCCCUACCUUUACCGCGCUCGCUGAGGGCCUGCUCGUGGACAGAUCUAUCGAGACAAUGAAUAAUGAUGAUGAUGAUGAUGAUGAUGAUGAUGAUGAUGAUGAUGAUGAUGAUGAUGAUGAUGAUGAUGAUGAUGAUGAUGAUGAUGAUAUGAAGCCGGAAAUCGAGGCAAUUGCGAACCAGAUGCGUCCGCCGCCGCAGACACCCCUGCAUGGCCAAUUCAUGCCGGGGUUCUAG